AUCAAACGCUCGCUCACUACAGAUAGCCUGGCAACGCGUAACGUGGCGCUGAAAAUCACUAGUUUGAAGAGUCGCACAAGAGCUGAAGCAGGCAUUGGCGCCCGUUUCCCGCUGCUCGUCGUCGAGAGUUCAUAAAGUGUUUCAAUUCUACAGAUGCCGGCCUGAGUUCAGCGUUUCGCGCCGCGAGUGAGGCGAAAGCGAGCCGAGACCGCAGCAAUGCCCGAGCCUGUGGUGGACCUGACUCUCAGCGAUUCAGAUGAUGAAUCAAGGCGGGCUCCCAAGCGCAGGCGCACGGCGCAGACGAAUUUACCAAGUCGGGUUCGGCGCAACGCACCAGCGGCUCGCAGCAUUGAUGAUGAAGUACUGAUUGUGGACGAUGAAAAUGAUGUUGUCGAGGUCGUGGAACCAGCCAACAGGCCUCAAGCUGGCCCUGGUAAUGGCGCCGAGGAGUUGGGUGACGACGAAGAUAUAGUGAUUACAGGGCUAACGGGACAGGUGGCGACGCGGGACCUGCCCCACCCGCGCCCGCACUGUGCGGAGCACGCCUUCACGCUGGGCGUAUCCACGUCGAACGCCCAGCGCUGCAACCAGUGCUACUGCUUUGUGUGCGACGUGAAGGCGUCCGAGUGCACGUUCUGGGGGACAGGCGCGCGCGAGCGUGACCACUCGAACGCGCGACCGCUGGGCUACUGGCGCCGGCUGCGGCAGGCAGCACGCGGUGGUGACCGCGGCUUCAUAGACCGCGAGUACCGGGCCAGUGGGCCGCUGGGCUCAGGCAUCCCGCCGGACCGCGGGCCGCAGCAGUCGCGGCUGCCGUUCCCUCGCAUGGGCGCUGGCGCGGCCGGCACGGCGGCGGGCACAGCGGCGGCAGGGGCGGCGGGCGGGGCCGCUGCGCGACCCGGGGCGGCGGGUGCUGAGGCUGCAGGCCCCAGCAACACGGCAGCGGUGGUGGAGGCCCAAGCCCGACGCCAAGGGCGCUUGCAGGCGGCAGCAGCGCUGGACAACGCAUUUAACCAGCUCGCCAACACGCUGAACGGCCGCCGGCCCGAUGCCGCCGCCGCACCAGCAGCAGCAGCAGCAGCAGCAGCAGCAGCAGCAGCUGCUGGGGCGGCGGCGGCGGCGGCCCCACCAGCAGCACCGGGCGCAGGUACCGGGCCCAGCACGGCGGCGGCGGGCGCCGCCGGAGCGGCGGGUGGCAGCGUGGUGGUGGUGAAGACGCAGCCGGGCACGGAGCUGCUGCAGCAGCCGGCGGUGUGCACGCUGACGCCUAUGCCCAACCCCGCCUACGACCGGGACGCCAUGGAGCUGGGCACACUGCACUUCCCCGUCAAGGCGGCCAGCGACACCACCAUUGCUGCGCUGGCCCCGCGGCUGGCCCGCUACGGCUUUUACUCGGAGCGGCUCAUGAGCGGCCCCGCCUCCGGCGACCGGCUGCACUUGGAUAACCUGUUUGAGACCCAAGGCCACAUGCUCAACGGCCGCUACAAGAACAAGCCCACGUACCUCAAGCUGCUGCCGCUGCCGCAGCUGCCCUCCGGCGCGCCGCCGGUGUCGCCGGAGCGCGUGCGCAAGGUGCUGGUGGUGGACUGCCUGGGUCGCGCCCGCGCCACCUGGAUGGGCGUGCGACUGCCCGACACCGCCCGCCGCGGCCAGCUGCUGGCGGCGCUGGCGCCGGCGCUGCGGCCCGCCUACUCGGCGGCGGCCGAGCAGCUGCACCUGCUGCUGUCCAGCACCACGGACGGCUCCGCCGCCGUGACGCUGGUGACGCCCGAGACGAACCUGGACGACAGCUACUUCAGCGGCGGCGUCCGCAAGCUCAUGGUGUUCCGCACCGCGCCCCACCCCAGCCCCACCUGGCAGUCGUCAACCGAGACAGAGGCUGCCGCCAACAAGGGUAGCGCCGGCACCGGCGGCAGCACUCCCGGCGGCGCCGCAGGCGCCAGCACCAGCGGCAGCCCAGGUGCCGGCAGCGCGCGCGGCAGCCGCAGCAAGUCGGCGGCUGCCGCGGCCGCGGUGGCCAGUGGCACCUGGACGCACAUGCCCGUGUACACGCACUACAGCGGCACCAUCACGCCGCGGUCAGCGCAACUGCCGGCGUGGGCCGUGGUGCAGCUGCGGCACUUUAAGGCGCCAUCGGACGUCGAGGGCGGCGCCGCCGGCGGCGACAGCCCCUCGUCCUCCUACUACUCCACGCAGCCCCUGAGCGUGCCGUUGCUGGUGCCGGUGCGAGAGGAGCAUGCCCGCGGCGGCGCGGCGGCGGACCGCGAGCUGCGCCGGCAGAUAGCGACAGCGCUGGAGCCCUACCGCACCCCCGCGCCGCCCGGGCCCGGCCCCUCGCUGCUGCUGCGCGGCAACCGCGCGCACCUGAGCGAGCGCUCCGCCGCCGCCGUGGGGCUGCACAGCAGCAGCCGCUGGUCGCACCCGGGCGAGGCGCUGGAGGCCAGCAGCAGCUGGUCGGGCAGCCUGCAGGUGGCGCACCUCACAGCCGUGUGGGCGCACCAGGACGUGAACGAGGUGGUAUACAAGCUGCCGGAGAUGUGCUCGCCCGCCGUGGACCCCAGUGCCUCGCCCGAGGCCCUACGAGACUCCCACCAGCGCAUGGAGGAGGCCAAGCACCGCGCAGCUCGGCUGCAGCGACUCAAGGAGCAGACGGAGCUGUGCAUGGACGAGCUGCGGCGCGGCAGCCGCCGCACCGCCGCCGACUCGGUGGCGCGCAUGGCCGGCGACGUCAAGGCGGCGUGUGUGGCGCUGGACGUGCGGCUGCAGCCGCUGGGCGCCGGCGGCAGCGGCUCGGCCCAGUGGCUGCAGAGCGGCGGCAAGAAGUCGAGGAGUGGCAGCGACCCGCGGUUGGGCGAGCUGGUGGUCAAGGUGUUCGUGUAUACGCGUCAGGCGCCCGGCAAGGAGCCCAUCUUCAAGCCCUGGGACGACUGGCCCGCCGCCGGCGCCCGGGAGAGCAUCGCGGCCUUCCGCCUGCCCGCGACCCUUGAGCUCCUCGCCACCGGCGCCGCAGACCCCCAGGAACACGCCUGGCUGGCAGCGCAGCUGCCGCCCGCCGCCGCCGGUGCUGCUGGCGCCGCAGGUGGCUCGGCAGCGGCAAGGCCAGGCGCUGCUGCGGCGUCGUCGGGGGCGGCGGCAACGCCGCUGGCGCGGCGGCUGCGGGCGGAGCGGGAGCGCGCUCGUGCGCUGUGGGACCGCGUGGCACGGCUGGGGCAGUGCGGGCGCAGCAUCAACGCGCUGUUGGAGUACAUGGUGUCGCCGGAGCGGCCGCCGGCGCCGCAGCCCGACGGCCUGACGGUCACUAUGCGGCCGUACCAGCUGCAGUCGCUGGCCUUCAUGUUGGAGAUGGAGGCGCUGGUGGAGCCGCCGAGAUCCGGAUCCGGAACUGUAACUGGAUCGGAUGCAGGCGGCGGCGCCGCUGCCGGCACCGGCCCAGGCCCGUCCACCUCCAACACGGCAGGUGCUGGCGGUUCGGCGCCGGAGCUGGACGCCGCCGCUGACCCCGACCGCGGCGAUCCGGGCGGCUACCGGCGGCUGUUCUGGGUGCCCAUCACCGCCGCCAGCGGACAUCGCUUCUGGUACUCGCCUGUGUUUGAGCGCGCCGCAAAGGACGUGCCACCGCAGCCCACAGGCGGCUUCCUGGCCGAGGAGAUGGGGCUGGGCAAGACGGUGGAGGUGAUGGCGCUGACUCUGGCCAACCCGCCGCCGCCGACCGUGGUGGCGGGCGCCAUGGCGCCGUGCGGCCGCAUCGUCAGCCGCGGCACGCUGGUGGUGUGCGCGGUGUCGCUGGUGGGGCAGUGGCAGGCGGAGGCGGCCAGCAAGACCGCCGGCAGCUGCCGGAUCCACCCCUACCACGGGCAAAGCCGCAUCCGCGAUGCACGCCGCUUGGCCACGGAUUUUGACGUCGUGGUGACCACGUAUCAGACCCUGCAGAGCGACCAGGCGGGGCGGGGCGGCGCCGGCGGCACCAACCCCUGCCAGGCCAUCCUGUGGCACCGCAUCGUGUUCGACGAGGGCCACACGCUGCGCAACGCCGGAGCCAAGCUGGCCAAGACCGCAAACGAGCUGGCGGCGCAGCGCCGCUGGCUGUGCACCGGCACGCCCAUCAACAACGCGGUGGAGGACCUGCUGGGGCAGCUGGCCGCGCUGCAGAUGGCGCCGCUGAGCAACAAGACCUUUUUCGACGGACACAUCAAGCUUCCGUUCCUGGGCAGCCACCGGCACCUGCACCUGUCGCUGCGGCCGCUGCUGUUCGCGGCCCGCUACGCGCUGGUGCGGCACACCAAGGCGCAGAGCCUGGGCGGCGAGGGCGUGCUGCAGCUGCCCCACAAGACCGAGGCCGAGGUGCCGGUGUAUCUGACGGCGGCGGAGCAGGAGCUGUACAAGCGGCUGCAGCAGCAGGCGGCGGAGGGCUGGCGCAAGCUCAAGGCUGUGGGCACCGCCUACGUCAACAGCCACCUGUUCACCGCCACCUCCAUGCUCAUGCCGCUGCGCCGCAUCUGCAGCGGCGGCAGGCUGGGCACCAAGGACCUGGCCGUGCCCGACCCACAGAACCUUGCGGCGGUGGCGGGCGCGGCGGCGGCGGCGGCGGCCGAGGCGGCAGUGACGAGCGGUGGCGCGGGUGGCAGCGGCUGUGGCGGCGCGCCUGCUGGCGGCGAGGUGCCGGUGCCGGACGACCUGCCGGAGUGCCCCAUCUGUGUGGACGCCAUGGACGGCCCCGUGGUCACACCCUGCAGCCACUGGUUCUGCCGCGAGUGCAUCACGGGCUGGCUCAACCAGUCGCCGCACCACAGCUGCCCCUCGUGCCGCCAGGUCAUCUCCGUAGCCAGCCUGCGGCGCGGUGUGCUGGCGCCGCCCAAGCCGCCCGCUGGGGCGGAGGCGGGCAAAGCCAAAGCCGCUGGCGGCGGCGGCACCAGUGACGAGGAAGACGCGGAGGAGGGCGAGGGGGGACCAGACGACGGCGCCGUGCCGUGCGAGAGCAAGCUGCGCGCGCUGAUGGCCGAGCUCCGCGCGAUGCGCGAGGCAGACCCAACCGCCAAGGCCCUCGUGUUCACGCAGUUCAGUCAGGCUCUGGAGUGGCUCAGGUCGCGGCUUCAGGCCGAGGGCUUCGGCCACCGCACCAUCACAGGCGACAUGCCGCCCAAGCGCCGCACCGAGGCCAUCACCAGCUUCCAGAACGACCCCAACACCUGCGUUUUCCUUCUGUCGGUGCGCGCGGGCGCGGUGGGCAUCAACCUGACCGCCGCCAACCACGUGUUCCUGCUGGAGCCCUGCAUGAACCCGGCCACUGAGCACCAGGCCAUCGGCCGGGCCUGGCGCAUGGGGCAGAGCCGGCCCGUCACCGUGAAGCGCCUGUUUGUCAAGGGCUCCGUGGAGGAGGUCAUCAUGAAGGUGGUGACGGCGCGGCGGGCGGCCAGCGGCGGUGCGGCCGGCGGCAGCGGCGGCGCCGCCGGGGCCUCAGGGUCUGCCGCCGGCUCCGCUGCCGGCCGGCAGCAGGAGCGGAUAGACCUCCGCAUCAGCGAGCUUGAUCAGAUGUUUGCGGCGCCGUCGUUCCCGCCGCCUGACGUCGAGUAGUGUGCUGGCCCGAGGAUGACGAGCUGAACCGCGUGGUGGUCCAGCCGCACAUGUGCCCCACGGGCAGGUCAGCUGACCAGUGCGCGGCGUUACCGUGUGUGUGGCAUGAUGUGGCAUACGGUAUUUAGGCAGGUGCGGUGCAGCGCGAAGUCCCCAGAAAGAUGAGUCUCGGUAUAUUUAACGGCCAUCUCAACGCCCUGCAUGGUGGAGAGCAGAGGCAGGUCUUGCUUGAGACGUGCGUGCCGCUGGCGACGGCUGCGUUCAGUCAAUAGCUCGAACGCGCAACUUGUGUACGGUAGUGCUGUAGUGCCAACAACUCUUCCCACCCGAGUGUGUGUUCCCACUAAUUUAUUGUAGUGGUACGGCUUGCCACGAGAUGGGAGCGCCGAUGGCCGGUCCGUGUGUGCAGGCCCCUGGUAGGGUUACACAUACAUAUAUGCCCACUGUAUGUUACUAAUGCGACUGCAGCAGCAGUGGUGCCGCGUGUACUUUGCACGUGCGGCGUGCGGCGCGGCAAUCCUCGCAACUACCAACACAUUAACUGACACAUGGGGAUCACAAACGGGCUUUCGCGCAACUGCCAACGAACAGGAAGGGGCGGCGCGUGGCGUGGUGGUUGGCGCGCGGCGCGAGUGGGAGCUGACAGUUGCAUGCGCGGGGGCGCGUGUGGAAAGCUGCUGUGAAGUGCGGCGGAGCUCUGCGGGGGUGGCGCCGUGGCGGUUGGCGCGCAGCGCGAGUGGGUACUUGGUACGCUCCGUUUGCCACCAGCGCUCGUAUCUUACGAAGGCAGGGGCGGCGUCAGUGGCCGAAUUCCUUAAAAUGGCUUCGUUUAGUUGACGAAACAGGCUGCCGCCGCUUCGUUCACCCCCAAAAUUUUUCCGG